AUGGAUCCAUUUCGCAAACUCCCAACCGAGAUCAUCCUUCAGAUUCUAAAGUCAUGCUGUGAUUUCACCAGCCUCGACGGUCUUCUGCAAAUGUCCCCGGUGGUCAACGACGUGUUCACCUAUUUCUAUGCGGAGAUCACAGAGGCGGUGCUGGUGUCUUGUCCAAUGACCGGGAAUGGGAUUGAGAAGGAUUUCAAGCUCCUAGUCGCUAUAUACUCAACAACGACCUUUACACCCUCGACCAUCCUCGACUUUCUUCAACGCACACCAGGAGAUCCCUUUCCUCCUGCGUUGCAGGCGUUCCAAUCAUUCCGACCACUAGACUCAGACGCAGCACUCAGGCGAGUCGUAUCGACAGCGGCCAACAUCCAUCGUCUAGCUUGUGCCUGCCUUGACACAUUUAUCCACCGCAUCAAGACAACGACGCCAUCCCGCGCAACUGUGUCUGACGGUCAACUUUACAGUUGGCUGUGGAACAAAGAGCCGGACCCUCCAGCUGAGCCAUUUCAACUCAAAGGCACUCAUCACCCACGUUGGGUGGAGCAAUACCGAGUACACCGUGUCUUGUGGGCGGUCCAGAUCUACAGUGAACUUUGUGCCGCAGCAGAGAAGCGCUGGUCCUGGUCGCAAGACGAUAUAGAUCGACUAUUCGACAAGGAUGUAACAACGGCCAAUUCAGUUUUGCGCGAGGACGAAGUUCCAGCAAUCACCGAGUGCUUGAAUGAUUUGUCACCCACCCCCUUAUCACCGGUCCACAUCAAAUUCCCGGCACUGACUCACCUACCGUCUCCAGAAAAUCUGGCUCACAGCGGCAGCAACAGUCCGGGUCAUACUACCAGCAAUAGCACUACUGACGAGGUUCCUGGCCGUGUCAAUGUCGGCAAGACUCUCGACAUCGGCCUUCAAGACUGGCCGCACUGUGUGCGCGGAAUUGUGCCUCAGCCAUAG